CCGCGCCGCGGCCGCGGGUAGAGCCGUCCACCUGUCCGGGGCCGCACGCCAGCGCUCCUCGGCUCCCAGGCGGUGGAUGGGACUGCGCGCGGCGGCGCAGGAGGCGGCGCCCGUCGGGGGGCUCAGGCCAAGCGGGAGCCCGCCGGGGGGCUCGGGCAUGGCGGGCCGCAGGACCUGAGCCCUUCCCCGCGGGGAGGCAGCCUGGUGACGGGCGAUGGGUACGGAGCGGGGCCGCUGCCGCGCCGGGCCGUGAGCCACGCGCCUCCGCCGCUGCCACCCCAGCCCUCGCGAAGCGCCGGGCCGCUCGGGAACAUGGCCCUGGAGCGGCUGUGCUCGGCCCUCAAAGUGUUGUUAAUAACAAUACUGGUAGUGGAAGGAAUCGCUGUAGCCCAAAAAACCCAAGAUGGACAAAAUAUUGGAAUCAAGCACGUUCCUGCUACCCAAUGUGGCAUUUGGGUUCGAACCAGCAAUGGAGGUCAGUUUGCAUCACCAAAUUACCCUGACUCGUACCCACCCAACAAAGAGUGCAUCUACAUUUUGGAAGCUGCUCCACGUCAGAGGAUAGAGCUGGCCUUUGAUGAGCGUUACUACAUAGAGCCAUCCUUCGAGUGCCGCUUUGACCACUUGGAGGUCCGAGACGGGCCUUUUGGUUUCUCUCCUCUGAUAGAUCGUUACUGUGGCAUGAAAAGCCCUCCAUUAAUUAGAUCAACAGGGAGAUUCAUGUGGAUUAAGUUUAGUUCUGAUGAAGAGCUUGAAGGACUGGGAUUUCGAGCAAAAUACUCAUUUAUUCCAGAUCCAGACUUUACUUACCUAGGAGAUUGCCAGUUUGAGCUCUCAGGAGCAGAUGGAAUAGUACGUUCUAGUCAGGUAGAACAAGAGGAGAAAACGAAACCCGGCCAAGCAGUUGAUUGCAUCUGGACAAUCAGAGCCACCCCACGAGCUAAGAUUUAUUUGAGGUUCCUAGAUUAUCAAAUGGAGCACUCAAAUGAAUGUAAGAGAAACUUCGUCGCAGUCUAUGAUGGAAGCAGCUCUAUCGAAAACCUGAAGGCCAAGUUCUGCAGCACUGUGGCCAACGACGUGAUGCUGAAGACGGGAAUUGGCGUGAUACGAAUGUGGGCAGAUGAAGGUAGUCGGCUCAGCAGGUUCAGAAUGCUCUUUACAUCCUUUGUGGAGCCUCCCUGCACUGGCAGCACUUUCUUCUGCCACAGCAACAUGUGCAUCAAUGACUCCUUAGUCUGCAACGGCGUCCAGAACUGCGCCUACCCUUGGGAUGAGAAUCACUGCAAAGAAAAGAAAAAAUCAGGACUGUUUGAACAAAUCACUAAAACUCAUGGAACAAUUAUUGGCAUUACAUCAGGGAUUGUCUUGGUCCUUCUCAUUAUUUCUAUUUUAGUACAAGUGAAACAGCCUCGAAAAAAGGUCAUGGCUUGCAAAACUGCCUUUAGUAAGACUGGGUUCCAGGAAGUGUUUGAUCCUCCUCAUUACGAACUGUUUUCACUGAGGGACAAAGAGAUGUCUGCAGACCUGGCAGACCUGGCUGAAGAGCUGGACGGCUACCAGAAGGUGCGGCGCCCCUCCUCAGCCUCCCGGUGUGUUCACGACCACCACUGUGGGUCGCAGGCGCCCAGCGUCAGACAGAGCAGGACCAACCUCAGUGCCAUGGAGCUUCCCUUCCGGAAUGACUUUGCACAACCACAGCCAAUG